GAGGCGCUGCUUUCCGGCGGGCCCUGGCGGCGGCGAUUUACGACGUGCGGGCGGGCGCCGGGCGGGAGCCGGGUUGAGGGCGGCUGGUGCGGCGGCUGCAGGCGUCGGCUCCCGGCCGUUCUGGCGUCCGCGCGGGCUCAGUAUGCCCGGCGUGAAGCUGACCACCCAGGCCUACUGCAAGAUGGUGCUGCACGGCGCCAAGUACCCGCACUGCGCGGUCAACGGGCUGCUGGUGGCCGAGAAGCAGAAGCCGCGCAGGGAGCACCCGGCGGCCGCGCACACGCUCUUCGUGGACUGCAUCCCGCUCUUCCACGGCACGCUGGCCCUGGCGCCCAUGCUGGAGGUGGCGCUAACCCUGAUUGACUCAUGGUGCAAAGAUAACAGUUAUGUGAUCGCCGGAUAUUACCAAGCUAACGAGCGAGUGAGAGACGCCAGCCCAAACCAGGUGGCAGAGAAGGUGGCCUCCAGGAUUGCCGAGGGCUUCAGCGACACUGCACUCAUCAUGGUAGACAACACCAAGUUCACGGUGGACUGCGUAGCACCCACCAUCCACGUGUACGAGCAUCACGAGAACAGGUGGCGGUGCCGAGACCCACAUCAUGACUACUGUGAGGACUGGCCAGAGGCACAGAGGAUCUCGGCAUCGCUCCUAGACAGCCGCUCCUACGAGAUGCUGGUGGACUUCGAUAACCACCUGGAUGAUAUUCGGAACGACUGGACGAACCCUGAGAUCAACAAGGCAGUCUUGCACCUGUGCUAGACCAGCUGCUGGCCUCCCCUGCAGAGAAGAAACCUGUUUUUAAAGGGAGACCGAAUGGACCGUGUGCUGCUACACAGCCUAGCGGGAAGCUGUGAGCCAGCUGCUGAGCCUCAGAAGCUGGGGACUGCCCACCUCCUUCAGGGCCAGGCUGUGGAGGAGGCUCAGCCCCUCGGUCCUUAGUCCUGUGUUCCUCCAGCCCUCCAAAUCAAAGCUAUUUCUGCUUAUCCGGGGUUGUUCCUAUUAAACAGUUUUAACUAACCUUUUAUAAUCUGGGGAGAAUUACUUUCCAAAUCUUACAAACUAUUAAAAAAGUCCAGGUCUUUC